AACAGUGAGCACAGCAAGUAGACUUCAAAUCCAAAAUGAGAAAUGCUUAUGGGUAUAUUGUAAGUUUGCUGUGGAAAAUAACUAUUCAUAAUUUUUUUCAGGUAAAUAAGUUAUGUAAGAUCACGCACACUAGUCUAAUACAUCCAUAAGCUAUAUUGUACUGCUUUAGCUAUUUUGUGUGAACCAGAAGAGCUUUUGUACUUGCCGUUCCUCAGAGCCAUAGCACAGCAUAUGCAUACUUCUGGAGGCAGGCAAAGCUAAUACAGGAUGCAACCCACUGUGUUAAACCUGCUCUUUCCAUAACUCAGAGGGAUUUGCUCAUCAAUGGCAGGCGAUAUCACGUAUGUAGAUGUAGCAAUGCUACCCAGGGAAAGACCACAUACACCUUGUCGGACAUCAGUUCCAGGAAACAUGAUCACAUAUGCUGAACUGCGCAUGAAGACGAAACCCAAAGGGUGCAGCAGAUCAGAGAUUUCCGUUUCUGGCUGCAAAUGGCAGCGCUCAGCCUGGUUCUACGUGGCACUGGCCCUGGGAUUUCUUGUGCUCAUUCUGCUGGUCACCAUGGCUGUGCUAGCAAAGCAAUUUUUAGAAGGCAGAGCAGAAAAAUCAGAAAUUUUGUCCCAGUAUGGUCUAAAUAGCACUGACAAUCACGUUUCUUCAGAGAAAACAGUCCCGGUGGUGCUCCUGAAAUGGCUAAUGGAGGAACUAUGUGAAGAUGGAGAAGAAACAUGUGAGCUGUGUCCGCCAGGGUGGCAACUACACAGAGGAAGGUGUUACUACUUCUCUGAGGAGGCUGUAAGCUGGGAUGACAGCCAAAGAAACUGUCUAGCUAAGAAAUCCCGGCUUCUUGUCAUUGAAGAUGAAAUUGAGAUGGAAUUUAUAGAUAAUAAAGAGAAAGAUACCAAAUAUAUCUGGAUUGGGUCAAAGGUGGAAGAUGAGAAGAAACAACAAAAUUUGCUUGAAGAUCCCAGAGUAAAAGAAAGCAGGAUAGCUACAAACAGAAUUGGGACUGACGAGAACUGUGCUGUUUACAGAAAAAAAAAUAUGAUCCAAACAGAUAAUUGCCAGACUUUAAAGAAGUGGAUCUGUAAGAAGAAUGCAACUUUGUUGGCUCUCUAAGCUAAAUUGUCAAACAAUAGGCAGAGUUUUUGUCAGGAGACCCGUUUUGCUGAUAAAAAAACAGUCAAUCAAUGUAAAUAAUUUUAUGAUACUUGUGCAGAAAUUUGAAUUCUGCCAUUCUGUGCUCACUAAGGCCAUGUCUGAUAAAAUCAGGGAACUCAGAAGUUGCCAAGCAUUAGCGUGAAGGUCAUGCAACAGGACUGUGAGUCAGCAUGUGUGGCUCUGGGAGUGCUGAGCAUUCCCAUGGACAGACAUCAGCAGCAGCUCUCUCUAGGAAAAGAUGGGAUAAGAGAUAUGUGAGGAUGAGCACUGUGUGCACGAACUGUAUGAAAUGCAAGAAAGAUGCCAUCUGUGAGGGCUGAAGACUGUGCUGGAGGCCACUGCUUUUGUAUACAUCCCUGAGGCAGACUUUGCUGAGGCACAUUUUAUUUGGGUUUCAAUAUUUUGGUGUUUUCUGAAGGGCUGGAAGAAAAUGAUUUUACUAGACAGCGUCUCAUACUUAUUCAGAGCCAACCUGCAUGGCUGCUGGGUGUAGAGGUACUGGACCAAGCACAAGUGACCCGUAACACUUGUGGCUAAUAGUCUGAUGGCUCCCAUCUUCUUCUGUUGAACCCUGUGACCUGAAACAAAGCUCUGAGCUAAGGAAGAGAUUUGGACCAUAAGACAAGAUUGCAGAGGAACAGUAGCAAGGAAAUGAAGAUGGUGGCCUGCCUUUCCUCCUACAUUUUGUCCCUUUAUGUUGCGAAUUCUUUGACAUGGAACUCUAAUUACUGCCUGAGAGAUGUGAUUAGAUAUUGAAGCUAAAGUUUAGUGAAAUUAAUGACUAUUGAUGCAGUCCGUAAAUAAGAUGCUUGGUCACUUGAUUUUCAGGGACACACACUAUUUCUGGACCUACAAUGAAAAAAUGCUAUGAGCAAUCUUACUGUCUUUUUUAGAUUAAUAUAUAUUAGAAAAAAAAAAAUGAAAAAAUGUCAUGAAUAGAUUUCAAAGAAGUCACGCAAGUAACUUGUUCCAAUUUUUACAAAUACCUUAGUCUAAUAAGAGUAACAAUUACUCUAGAUUUCUAGCUAGCAUAUGUCUUUGAAAUGAGUAACCAGUCAGAGUGCAAAUACUUGCACCACUGUUGAAAUAUUUCCAGUGACUCAUGUUCAACAAUGAGGAAAGCAAAUAAUGUGUAAACAUGGAAAUUAAAACAACACCACCAAAAAAACAACAAACGUAUAGGGAAAAGUGGAAGUGGAGGUGUAAUAAAACUGCUUUCCUCCUGUUUGCAAAUCAUGUACCUCCACUUGGGUAUUUACAGGGCCCUGAGGGCACUUAUAGGCCCUAAGGGUCCUGACAGCUUCUCCUGAGACUCCCACCCAGAUCUCCUUCCCAUGGGCCCAAGAGGAUUCAGUCUCAGGCCUGGGGUCAGUCUCUGCCUGGGCUAUGUCAUAGAUGUAGUGUCUCCAGUCUUGCCUUCCUGCCUCAUUUCUUGGAUUGAUCUUGAACCUUUGUUGUUGAUAUCUUGUCUCCUGGAUCCCUCCUUCUAAGAAUGUUCUAAUUUGUCUCCAGUCCUUUGUCCCUGCUUGCUGGAUGAACUCUACACCCACAUUAUAGUCUUGUCUCUAGCCAUGUCUCUGGCCCUGUUGCUCCUGACUGGAUUCCCUGAGUGGAUCCUGGACCUGCCUCAUCACUUGCUUUGCCUGGGACAUUGAAGGACACUGUUAUCAGCACCCUGCUCUACCUGCUGUUUUCAGCCCUCAUGGGACUGUGCCUGGUUGAUGAGAGCAUUGCCUGUGCAAGGUUUGUCCUCUGCUCCUGGCUCACCUUGCCUUUAGUACAUUCCUAUUUACACCAGAUGCUUCUGAACAUACCAAGCCCCACAGGUGGCACCUCAGAUCUAUUGUACAAAUCAAACAAUGAAUUUCGUAUUCUUGCAAAUGCUCUUUUCACUAUUGGAGUGCAUAAUUUCUGCUCUACAAGUUUUAUGUCCCGUAACAAUACUGAGGGGCUAGGGGGACCUCUGAAUUCCUCUUGUUCAUACAAAGAAGCUCAGCUGUCCUCUGUCUACCUCAAAUACCCACUGAAGUGCCUUGUAAACCCUUUUAUGCACAAGUUCACCCAAAUGAAAGACAUGAUUCUUAUGGCAGACUGUAUCCCAUUUAUUUGUAUAUUUCCAGACUCUUAAGUGAAGUUGUGUGUGUGAACUUUGUUUUUGUAUUACAGCUGCAGUGAGUAGAAAAAGAUCUCCUCCUCCAAAUGGAGAGGUGAGUUACCAAACCUUAGACAGGUGGCUCUCCUAGAGAAGAGAAAAGCACAUCCUUGUUCCUUCUCUGCUGGAUACUUUCUUAUAGUCAAAACAACAAGUUGGUUUAUUUAAUUUAACAAAGACUUGUGCAAGGGAAAAAUGAACACAGUCCAAUCUGAUUUUUUUUGGAGCAAAGAACACCAACUCUUCCACAGUAUGUUUGAGUCUUGUUCACUGAUACUGAUACACUGACUGUGUUAGUCAUGAAGCAGAGCAGUGGUGGCUGUUCAAUAGGGAGGCAAAACGAGGAGACUACAUUUCAAUAGCCUUCUCUUCAGGUAUACUUUGAUUAAAAAAUACCAGUGUGACAUCUGAGUCCUAUCUGAUAAAAUAUCAAACACUUCUGAUGUGAAAGCUAAUAUUCAAAAAGCUCAAACUAAACUGUGAAUCUCUAGUUUCGCAUUCUCAGACAGUGGGGCCAAACAGCUGAGGCAUUCUCAUACAUACAAACUGCUGCCUUGCAAAUGUGUAAAAUCUACUUUUCCAUGCUUACAGACAGGGUUGCUUAAGCAUUUUUUUUUUACCCUUUCUAUUUCAGAUAGCAUCUCUUCAAUUGCCCCUAAAAUUAACUCUACUGUGUUGUGCUUACCACAGUAAGACACUGAAUUCUUACCUCGUUUCAUAGAAUCAUACAAUAGUUUUUUAGAAAAAGGCACUCCAAGGCCCUUUUGGGGGCAGUCAGGGAGAGUUUCUAAGCUGCCAGGGUUUUAAUACAGUUUUAUGUGCUUUUACACUGUCUCUGUGUGGUGAACUGUGUGUGGAAAAAAAAGACAAACCACAAAAUACCAUAACAUUGAAAUCAAAGGUGCUACUCUAACAAAAAAUGCACAGACUGGAAUUAAAGACUUUGUUAGCACCAAGAGAGAUAAAUAAGUCCAAUAUAGCUUUCAAAAUGUAAAGCCUUUAGCUCAUGUUUGCUGUGGAACACAUAAUGAAAGGCAGCUGCAGUUUCCAAGGUAUGUUGAUUCAUACCUGCACCAGAUGUGUGGUGCCCAUCUGGAGGGCUGUGGUUAGUGUCUGUAACCUGCGAUGAGUAACUAACAGACACACUCACAAGUGAAUUCAUGGCAUGAAAUACCACUUUUUUACCAUGCACGUGAUUGCGACUGUAGAACAAAAAUUUCAUGAUAUGUCAUAACACCAACAAACUAACACCCCUCCCUCACUUCAUGUGGUUCUUACUGAGUUCUUAGCUGCACUGAAAACAAAGAGAAGACAGAAUACAGCAGUAUGUGAGCCUUGAAACUCAGAGACCAGGGAAACUAUCUACACAAGAAAGGACACUCCAUAUUUUUGCAACUCACCUCUCAAACAGCUGUAGACUCAUUGAACAUUUGAAGACCUCAGAAAACUAACAAUAUUAAAUUAAAUUUACAGGCUUCUGCUGACCUGCACGAAUAAAAACCUGCUGUGGUGUUAGAAUCCAUCCAUGGACACUGAUGGCCAACAGUGCACUUAUUUAUGGACACACAAAGAUGCUAGGGAGGUAGUAGGCGUGUGUAAGUGAGAGUUUUAAAGGUGAAGAGAUCCUCUUUUGAGAUACUAACCGCUUGAUGCAAUGUUCCAUAAGCACAACACGACAGCUUUUCUUAAGAUCUUUAAAGCUAAAGAUUAAAAAGUGAAUGUCACCAUCAGCGUUGGUGACUUCCUUUCAAACGAAAAAAACAACAAAACUUUCCCCUGCAGAAUGUAGUAUCAGCAGCUAAAGACUCAUUUGAAAAACUGUUGUUCUCCUUGUU